GCUUCCGGCGUAGCCACUGAACCAACAAAAAAGCCUCGACAUAUAUACCGUGCAGAUUCAUGAGAGAGAGAUUGUGGGCAUCGCUCUCCUCCUCACAACAGCCACAAACAACUGCCUUUCCCAAAUAGAAAUCAGAACCUCUCUCUCUCUCUCUCUCUUUCUCCCUGUCUCUCAGAUCUUAAUAUACAAGAGACCACCAAAUUGCCACGCCCUUCUCUUCGUGCUCAACAAUGGCGUUCAGAGUGCCUCUGAUCUUGCUCCUUCUAGCCAUGGCCAUGGUGGUGGCCACGCCCAAGGCAGAGGUCGCCAGCCUAGGCUCAAACCGCUGGGGCCUCUCGGCCCAUAACAAGGUCGUGAACGAGCACCGCUCGUGCGGCGGCUCCAUCGGCCAGUGCAUGGACCUGGACGAGGAAGAGAUGUCGCCGCCGAACUCCGGGGGCGCCGCCGGCCGGCGAAUGCUGUACCCUCAGAGCGGGUACAUAAGCUACAGAGCCCUGCGCCGGAACUCGGUGCCAUGCAAUACCCGCGGCCAGUCCUACUACGGCUGCCAGAAGAGCGCGCAAGCCAACCCUUACAGGCGCGUGUGCAGCAUGAUCACUCACUGUGCUAGGAUUCUUAAUUGAAAAAACAGAGCGCUUCUUCUUGAUCUUCAUCUUAUUAGAAGCAACCAUUCUUCAACGAGAAUGUCAUGAACAAUCAGCAACGAUUAGAAGAUCGCGUCUUCAUUUCUUCAUCUCUGGUUUGUGAUCUUGAUUUGUAGGCUUGCUUUUCCAAAUUCACGUGUUGGUUUCCAUGACCAAAUAAAAAAAAAAUGGAUGCUGUUUCUUUA